AUGUCUCCAUGUCUUCACAACAACUUCUCGUCCGUCAAGUUAAAUGUGCGCGUAAUUUCAUCUUCGGUGACGCGCUCAGCAGCGGCUGCACCGAAACUGAAACCGACACCGACAUCAACUCCUCCAUCUUUCGAGCCUGCAUCACAGCGGGAGCAAUCAUGGUUGACCACGAAAGUCAAGUCAUCUCCGGUCCUUUUCUCAAUAUUCCUCUCUGUAGCACGCGUUCUUGGCUACGGCUCGCCGCAACAGUUUGCCAAUCGGCGUGCGCUGGUCUUGUACAACACCCUAUGUGCUACGCGCGCUGACGAAGCGUCCGUAUUCUGGAGAGAAGAAUGUGCUCUUCCGCCAACUUUCCAGUCCUGGUUUACAAUCACGAACCUGCACGUCUGGCUACUUACUGUCCGACUCCGUGCCCUCCCUGCACCACACGGGACACAACAUGUGCAAGGGCUCAUUGACCACUUCUUUCAGGACGUUGAGGAACGCUUGCGCGUUGUUCUCCAACCAGGAGUCUUACCCCCUCGUUCUUCAUCACCAAAUUUAUCUAGUACUGCUGAGGAUGGUUCACACUACCCACAUAGCUCCUUUUAUACCACGCCCACUCCCCUUGCGGCCAAAAGUACUUUUCCUUCAACCAAAGCUUACCAAGAGGCCGUAAAACUCCAGAAACGCUCUCGUGCACCAGAAAAAUUGAUCAUCAGGCAGAUGAAAAUAUUAAAAGAGCAAUGGGCUGGGAUGGGAAUGAGUUUAGAUCUGGACCUCGUAAGGGGCGAUGCUGAGAUGGCUGCGGCAGUUUGGAGGAAUUUACUAGGUGCACGGGGUGCGAAUGGGAUUGGGUUGGACCAGGAGGGCAGCGGCAGCGGUUAUCGGAGAGCGGUUAAUCUAGUCGGUGGACUUGUCGAGGACGUGAGAAAGGUGGACGUGGAUAAGGAAGAGCUGAAGGACGACAACAGCGGUGUGCAUGACUUUGCUCCUUCGGAAAAUGAUCGAUAUAUCGGUUAUCCAGAGCUUAUGGUCACACUUGUCUCUUACAUCCGCCGUGAAAUCUUACGACUGGAGCGUGUCGACGACAGUGUCAUCAUGGGACCACGGCGUGUCGGACGUGAGGGUGAAGGCGUCCAGGACUUGAGAUGGGGAGACAUUCAAAACAAUGUGCGGAGGUGA